AUGGAGUCAACCGAGGAUAAGCACCACCCCCACGCGUGGCUGGCACAACAAAAAUUCCAGAAACUCUUAGGUGUUGGUGCAUUUGGUAUGAUUUUCGAAACCAGUGACGCCACAACCUUGUCCGCAGUUAAAGUUAACUUUUUAAGAAUGGACAAUGGCACUCAUGGUCAAAACUUGGCUGCACCUUUUCACCUACUGAAACGUAUACGUCACAAAAAUUUAACGAAAAUUUAUAACGUGUCCUUCAAAGAUUGGAAAAUCGACGAGUUGGAAAUUUUAAUCGCAAGAUGUGAAAAUUACAUGACUUUUCAUAGAGAAACGUUGCAAAUGUUCUACAACAAUGGACGGGUUCCUCCAUCCAUGGUUGUGCAAAUUGAGUUGUGUGGUCGAGACCUGUUUUCGUGGUUGAAAAUCGGGAAAAAAUUGGGUGCACAUUUGUUUGAAAUUCAGUACCAAGUAAUUUGCGGAAUCCUGGACGGUUUGAGACAUCUUCACCAAAAUAAUGUAGUGCAUCGUUUCAUCACUCCGGAAGCUGUCAUGUUUUCCCACACUUUAACGACCGAGUACAUUCUUCCCGUAAAAAUUUCAAGUUUUCAAUUCUGCCUUCUCAUAAAUUCUACGGAACGAAACGAUCAAGAUGGAUGUAAAGUUAUAUCAGAUCCAACGCAUUAUUUCUCUAAUCGAUAUCAAGCACCCGAAGCCAGGUCCAGCUCCAGCACGGCUACGUGUUCCAAGACUUUCGACAUAUUUUCCAUGGGGCUACUCUGUCUGGCCGUACUUCUUCCGCCAGGUGAGAGGAUAUCGUCGGAAUUGUACUAUAAACUAGUGCAUGAAAAUGACACCAGCAUAAUACCGGACCAUCCAGAAAUUAAGAAUGCAAAAGAAUUGAUCAUUCAGAUGACGAAGCGACGCCCUGCCGACCGCCUGCAAAAUCUUGACUCUGUAUAUUUCAGACGAGAUCCAAUAAACACCCCAUCCAACACAUUGACAAUGGCACCACAAGAUCCAGAUUUCAUGGAUGAAACACAAUUUAAAAACUUUCUGGGAUCCGGGUCUUUCGGAUUUGUACUGGGAACACGAGACAAUAAAGCAAUUAAAUUCAUCUUCCUGUCAGAGUCUGACGGACCGGAGCGGAAUAUUGAGCGGACACAGAUUACACGAGAGUACAAGACAAUGAUCUUAGCGAAAGACCAUCCUAACAUUGUGCAAAUUUUAAAAUGCGCUGAAAAACUUUUUACUUCAGAAUCCUUGCAUGAGAUUCUUAAAGCGGUCGCAUUACCACGAGAAGUUAACGAUUCAGUUAAUCUGCUGGCAAUGCGUGCCCAAAAACAGAAAAUUAUAGUUCCGUGCUUCUGUAUUCAGAUGGCAAUUUGUGGACAGUCAUUACGGGAAUGGUUAUCCGAAAUGUAUGAUAAACCAUUAACACCAUCCAUGCAAGAUUUCCAAAUUCAAAUUGUUUCAAAUUUACUGGCGGGAUUUAAAUAUCUGCAUUCUAAUGAAAUUAUCCAUCGCGAUUUUAAACCGGAGAAUGUACUUUUCUCCUACUCGUCUGGAGAGGAGAGGGCAUCGUAUACGUUGCCCGUUAAAAUUGGGGAUUUUGGCCUAGCUCGAUUUUUACCCGAGUACGAAGAAAUACUCACACCUCGAGUGGGAACAAAUUCAUAUCGAGCACCGGAAGCGGAGACGUCUUUCUAUGGGGUACAAGCUGACAUAUUUUCACUGGGAUUGGUAUUUUGGGAGGUUCUGCAACUACUAGACUCAAGAGUUAGGAGGUCGAUGUUUUACAAGUUGGUGCACGACCAUGAAAAUCAUCCUUUACUUGUUAAGGACCAUCCAAAUUUGGUUAAUGCGAAGGAACUCGUGGUCAACAUGACGAAACGACUGUAUCGAGAAAGGAUUCAAACCAUGGAGGAUGUGGUUCUACAAUUGUGCUAA